AUGAACCACUACUCCAACGGCAUCACGCAUGGCGCACAACCCCAGCACGAGAGCUUCACCGCUCUCCUUAACCAGCCAGACAUCCCCCCUAUGCACAACCACAGUAACAACGCUCAGUGGCAUCAGCAAAAUCCACAAACACAUCCAAAUCACGUCUUUCCUCAGCAGCAAAACUCUUGGAAUCACGCGCAACACCAGCAGCAACAGCCACCUCCCAAUCCACAUCCACAGAUACACAUUCCUGCUGAACAAGACGCGUCCACUUUUCCUGCUCUCGCUCAGAAUACCCCCUUCCCCGCCCCGAACCCUCAAGCCAUCAGCUUUGCCUCGUUUCUCCAGCCAAAUGUCGUACAAGACCUAAUCAGAUUGAGCACUCCCGUCGGCCAAUUUCCCAACGACGAUCUGCUCCUAACUCAGGCCUUGGCUGAUGCCAAACGAUCCGGGAAGUCCUACAGGCAAGCCCUGGACAAUCUACAUGGGGUAAAUAAUCACUCUGCCAACCUCUGGAAAGACUAUUACUUGGACCACCACGACCGGUUUGAGAUCCUAGUGGCGCGGGCAGUAGAACAGCCAGUCAAGACCGUGAAGAAACCCUAUGUGUCUUUUGACCCAUCCCGUUCUCGCGAGUCAUCUCUGAACCCCCAGCAAGGACAGCCUGUUUCUCGCACCGAACGCAAGCGCAAAUCUUCACCUCCUCCUAGCCCGCCACCUGCUCACUCGAAAGGCAAAGCACGGUCUUCAUCGCAGACCACAACAAGUCAGCGUGGCUCACAGGCUACUGCAAGCGCUUCCCGUCCUCCCAAGCGGUCUAGGCACACGAUGAACAGUCUCUCUGCACCUUUGUAUACUCAUAAUAACCCCAAACUCCCGCCGCCACAUAUGGAUAUACAGAUUCCCGAUCCGCCCUCUCGCUCGCCGACGCCCCCUACACUCGUUGUGUCUGGCACACACGGAAAUAAGUAUACACCAGCUGACCGAGACUACUUUAUCAAAUUUAUCUCAUGGCGACUCAAGAACGAUCCCUCUCUGAACAAGAAAGAGCUAUGCGAACUGCUUGAGAAAAAGGCCCCGCACCAUACUUCUCAGUCUUGGUCAUCACAUUGGCAUGCCAGGCACGAUGUUGCCGACAAGAUACUCGCAGCGGCGACCGCACGCUUAUAUAAUGAAGUAAAGACUGAAGAGCCUCAAAGUAUCCCGUAUGACUCCCCAGAAGAGGUUGAAGCGGACGAGGAUAGUAGUUCAGAAUCAGAAUCCAUUGAUUCUGACUACGGAAGUGUAGAAGGAGACACUGAGGAUGAUGUCAAAGAGAUGGGCCAAGCAGGUUCUUCCUACACGAGAGGCGACUUCCGGGUUGUUGCGAAGCACAUAGCGAGGACCCCGAAUUGGGAGAAUCUUACGGCUGCCGCCCGAUGGGAUCCACUUGCAGCGAGGUAUCCAGACGGGCGGCAUUCUAAGUCAUGGAACGAAUUUUACAGAAGAAACGACAAAGUUUUACUUGGGAUGGUACGCAAGAUUCGCAGAAUGGAGAGCCGGACUGGGAAACAGUCUUCUGUCAAGUCCCAGCGCGGGCGACCGUCGUGGGCUUCCAAGGGCGGGAAGAAAAGCUCUGCUGCGCACGAGAGUGAUUCUGAGGAAGAUGCAGAAUACGAUGAAGAAGGUGCCACUGAUGAUGAGACCGGCCAACGACGGCGACGUCGCUCCGAGGUUUGA